AUCCGAUCCAACUACAAGUAUAUUUUUCUAUAUAGGUGCAUCAAGCUGCUCGCCCUGGAGGGCAAGCGAAGAUCUCAAGCAGGGCCGAUUUCUCCACAUUCCUUAUCAGCGACCACCAAUUUAUUUUUGAUUUUCACUCACACUCAAACUUCAUUACAUAUUCGCGAAAACGCCCUUUUUCAAGAAAAACCUCCACUGACGAUGGGUCUCGUUAGCCUCUUCAAGCGCAUGCUUCUCGGGAAGCCGGAAGUACUUAAGUCUAAUUCGAUUUCGCAUAACAAAUUGUCAUAUCACGAUCCUUCUAGACCUAGAGGUGGACUUUUCCAGGUUUCGAUGUUUCGAUAAGACAAGGGUGACACUUCCGACAAUCCAAUUUCGCAAAAAAUUCAGGUUCCGGCAGACCAGAACCCGCAGGCGGUGGACCGGCGUGAGAAAUACUGGACCGAGGAGGCAGUGAAGGAGUAUGAGGCACUCCUUGCGGCGCAUCGGCAGCAGAACGGCGGCGCCAAGAUGGUGGACUACGCAACUCUGAUGGCCGAAAUCAAGAAAGGCAAGAAGUACCCCGUUCUCAAGGCGGCUGGUUUCAACAAAAAACAGCUGAAAAGGAAAACCAGCAAGCUGAACCAGAAAGAAGCCCGGCUGGCCUACAAUGCACUGGUGGCGAAGAAAUCUUCGAGGACUAUGAAAAAAGUCAAGAAGUGAGCUCACCCGCCGGUAAAGACCGGCUAGAUGCAGCUGGCUGGAACGGCCCUUGGAGCAUUCAGCUUUCAAAUACAUUGACGUCAGACGCACCCACUUCCGAUUGACUACGAUUAUGCUCUUGCCCUCUCGUUUUCGUGUGAGAUACUACGCAUACACAAAAUGUUUUCCUGCUGUUUCGUAACACACAGAGUCCGCUAAAGAACAUACAAAUUAUUUGAUGAAAGCUCGACACGCAAUCCCAAUCGGCAGAUCUUGUCUCAGGAUAAAUCCAGCACACAGACGUUGAAUCCAGUGCGCGUUCCGGUGCAAAGUGGUAACUUCAGUAGUUGCUUUGUGUGCCACGCAAAAAAGAAGGACGGAAGUCUCCACGCUGAUCCUCUCAUCCAUAAAAUCCUAAAACCCUACAGCUGCUUUUGGUGUUGAAAAAAUGCUCGCUCGUAUUACGUAACUCGUUCCUUCAAUAAGCUAGCCGUUGUGUGAUUGCCACCUUCUU